AUGUCGCAGUACGAGUUGCACAACUUAUCAUCCCAGCAGAAUCUCACAGCAACUCAUGAUGGCACGGGUAUACAAACCAACAGAUCCUCGUCUGCUAAAACUGACGGGUUCUUCAAAACUUUGUUCAGGACAAUCGGUCUCAAAGUCAUUACAUUCAUUCUUAAGUCCAAUCGGGAGGAGAAGCCCAAGGUUCUCAUCAAGAAAUCGCGUCGCGUUGCAAUCGCGCGAUGUGCAGUUCAUGUGAUACCUGCGUUGCUGACUAUUGGACUUAGCGUGGUAAACUUUGUCGGUUUCUUCAUCGGGGGAGAGCUGCAGGGCAAACAGAACGACGAUUCUUUCAAACUAGGUCUUCUCCAAAUCGCAACAAAAGUACAGGAGCUUCUUAUCGUGGCAAGCAUUGGGACUGUAAUCUUCCACUGCCUACGCUCCGAGGUCAUGUUUGGUCCUGGACUACCGCUUGGUUUUCUUGUUUCUGGGUACUCGUUCUCGUCCAUCUCCUACCUUUUGUCGCCCGAGUUCUUAGGCGGGCUCAAGCAGAGCUGGGCCCAGCCCAUGUCAGCGAGAGACAAGUUCAAAAGGAGAUGCUUUGUCGCUCUGAUCAUCGUUGGCUGCUUGCUUGCCCUUCUGGCUGCACUGGCAACCGCCGUACUAAUGAUCCCAAGAGUUAAGGACUGGAAUAUUGGCGGUGGUAUAUAUUGGCUUACCGGAGACAAUGAUACGCUCUGGCCCAGAAGUAUAGAUGCCAACUACUACGCCGGUAUUGACUGCGCCACCGAUGCGAAUCCUUUCCUCAGCCCCCAAUGCCCAUCUUCUGGAUACAUGCCAUUAUUCCACCACUUUGAUAAUUGGUGGAUUUUACACGAAAGGGCCAUUGACCAUGAGGUACUAGACCCUUUUCUACGCAAGACUCUAUACACGAGGCCUGCCCUCAUCAAGGAAGCCAACACUUGGGCAUUUACGGCUCACCACGCCACAGCUGUCCUUCAAGACGCUGUGAGGGGAAUGCACUUCAAGGCCGUGGAACAUCUCAGUCGCGAGUUCCCCUCCCGUAAGCCCUUCCCAAAUCACCUUAUGUGGGCAAGCAAGCAGAGGUACGAGGUUCAGACUCAUGUUCCUGCCGCCAGAGUUCUUUGCAACGCCCAUGACAUGACGAACUUGAACGGAAAUGAUCUGAGGGUCCGGUUUCCACAUCCAGACAGCAUAGACUCGCAUUACGAAGAAUAUAAACCAGUCUCCGGAGACGAAAUUCCGGCCUUAGUAGAGAUUGAUGUCCUAGACGACGUGAGAGAUCAUCUUGUCAGGAGAGGGGUAAUUCGCAACCUCAGCAGCUCUCUGAAUGACUCUAUGUUUACAGACACCCGACCAAUCAUCAUAGCACCUGUAGAUAUCUGGCCUGCGACCAACGCCUCCCUCGGUAUGGUGGUUCUCUUGGAAAAUACGUGGAACACGACAGUAGGUCCUCGAUAUACGACGAAUGUGCUGGUUUGCUCUAUCGAUGCUCGUUGGGCUAAGGCCAAGUCCGUUAUGUCUGGACUUUGGGAUCAAUGGGUACCGCAUGAGUACCAUGCCGGCCGGGUAUUGAAUUUGGUUGAGACUGAGCUGGAGCUUCAGUCGAAAAUCGGCUACCUUCGUGUAGCACCUCCCAAGAACGAUUCCUUGAAAUCUAUUAGGAUGAACACAAAUUGGUAUGAGAUGCUAUCGCCUCAAUUACCUGACGCUUUGCCCAGCGGUUUGAAACAGCUUCCAUUCAUCGGAACAAAGAUGACAACUCUCGAAGCGUUAUUCGCUACUAUUUACCAUGUAAACCUAUCUCAAAUGGCUUCCUUCGAGAGUGUCAUAGGAGCUGCGGUUGUUGAAGGGCUUUCGCGAUGCGGUCUAGACGGGAACGAGAGACAGCUUGAGAUCUUUCUUGACGUGGCAGUUAAUGAAUCUCUAGCCCGGAAACUUGUCCGUCCUGGUGACCCCAAAGAGUAUUGGCCAAAACCCAAAGAGCCUAGGCAGGAAAGGCUUGUGUUACAAGCCAUAUACACAGGUUACGUUAUGACAUGCGAUAGUUGGUUCGACUGGAUCGCCAACAUAGAGCUCCUGCUUUACGCUGCGAUUGCUCUGUCGCAUUCGGUAUAUAUUUCAUGUAAGGGACAGACAAGUGGCGCAUGGGAUUCGAUUCUAGAGCUCGUUGUCCUUUGCCAAAAUUCGAAGCCACCCCCGAGACCAAUUUUGGCUAACACUUCAGCCGGUGUGCACUCUUUCAAAACUGUCAGGUCUAUGGCUUGGGUUGAGGUAUCAGAAGAUACAUCGGCUACCACCAGCACUGAUGUCCCCGUGACCGGAGGAGAGCUUCAACUUCGAAUUGGCGAUGGUGAAGCACAACGAGAUGAGGGCCUUAAGCCAAGGGUAGGGGCGGCGUACGGGGUCUCUGUUACAGGCUAUCAAGCAUUGUCCUCUUGA